UAGUCGGGUACGGGUUUAGACUGAAGCAUCAAAUCUCUUUCAGGUUUUUUCUGUAAAAAAAUUUCUUUACGGAGCGCGCUGGGCCGCGGGAAAGGUCUAAGAAGAGGAUGAACGAAGAUCGAACCGUACAAGUGGCAGCAAUCUAAAUGUUUAGCUAAACUACUGUCGUCUAGCGCAAAAGGACCAAUUGGCAAUUUGCUAAUAGUUUCGAAAAAGACAACAGACAGACCUUGGGGUGAAUUCGUGAAUAGGUAAAAUAGAUAGUGGCGUUUUCACCCUUAUUAUAUCAUGAAAACAGUAAGGGCAUUUUUGACUUUUCGGAUUUCAUUUGGAUUUUGCAAACCAUCCUGCAAGUUUAUGAGUUCAGGAACACACUCAACAACAUUAUCUUCCAUUCCAGAGGACGAACGAUUCACAAAAAAUUGCAGAGAGAGAAAGAAAGACAAAGAAAUGGAGAUUAGUGCAGCUGCAGCUACAUCAGCAGCAGCCGCUAUGCCCAUGCAUAUAGUAGAGGGUCACACGACCAAGAAAACCAUGGAGCUAAAAUGGGUGAGCAGAAGAAGCAGAGGCGGCAAAAUCCAAAUGGAAAAAACCAUGAAAAUGCCAUCAGAAUCGAAACCAAAAGCACCAGAAACCCUGCAAGCCCUGGUCCCAGUUUUUAUAUCCACAAACCCAUCCCACGUGAACCCAGAUGACCUCAGUGACCUCUUCAUCGCGUGCAACCUCUCAUGCCACCGUUUCCCCAAUUACGUGGACGCCGGCGGUGGCCGCUGCGUCGUUGAAGCUGUGGACUUGCACAAGUUGCGCGUCGCUCUCUCCCACAGUUCAGUCUUGGUCUCAGUCUUCUGCAAGCCAAAUGACGUGAUUGGUUGCUCUUCAUCAUCUUCAUCAUUUUUGAAGGAAAAGCAGCAGCAGCAGCAGCAGAAGAAGAAGAAGAUAGUGGGUUUUGGAGAGUUGUUGCAGAAUGUGGUGAUGCCUGUUACCCCGUUGAACAGUCAAUUGGUUGGCUUUGGGCGUGCAGUUUCUGAUCUUGGACUCACUGCCUCCAUCUACGAUGUCAUGGUGCUUCCUUCUUUGCGGGGAAUGGGAAUUGGCAGGAUGAUAGUUAAAAGAAUCAUAAGAAUGCUCACAAGUAGAGACAUCUAUGACAUAGCAGCCCUUUGCUCAGAGAAUGAGAGGUCAUUCUUCAAAGUGUGCGGUUUUGGGGAUGACAUUUUAGGCUCCACUGCAAUGAUGUAUACGAGGAGUAGCGUUUCAACUAAUCCUCAAGACAACCAGAUUGUUAAACGUGCCGGUCGAAAGCUAUUGUUAGUUCCACCACUUUCGAAGACCUUGCCAUAUUCCAAGACCAUGAAAUCAUGAAGUUGAGCCGCUGUUUUUAACUUGGCUGAAGCACCAAGAUGAGAAGAUUUUUGUGUGCUCGGUUGGUUGUCGCCAUUUUGGCUUGAAGAUGUUGCAUAAUCAAAUUGUAACAAAAGAGCCAAAAUGGGCUUUCUUUUUCUUUUUCCUGGAGGGAGGAGGCUAGUUUACUUGUAAUCUGGUAAUUUGAUUGUUAGACCCUACCCACCCUUCCAUGGGUUAAAAGUCAAGAUCAUGUAAACUAUUGUAAAGUA